AUGUCGUUCCUCGGCCCCUCAAGCGUCACCUACAGUCCGCCGUCCCUUGACCCCCUCGAUUUCGAGGGUCGGACGCUGGAUGUGCUAUGUGUCGUUAACAUUCGGUAUGCAGCCAGUCUUGCUCCUCACGCAGCCUUCCCUGAUCGUUUGCAAAAGGUGCCGGCGCUGAACGGGCUAUGCGUCGUCGCCAUGCUCCAUUCUGCUUCCCAUCACAUCGGACGUUGGAUGUGCUAUGCGUCGUUAACAUUCAGCGCCGGCGCUGAAUACGCUAUACGUUGA